GUUUAGGUGAUUCUGUUCGUUACACGGGUGGAAAAUAAAGAGUGGGUGAUUUGUUGAAGAUCUGUUGCCUUGGUAACCGAUCCCUUCCAAACGCAACUCAAGUUGUGGGUAUCUUUCAGCUUUCAGUGUGUGUUCUCAUCUGACAAUGAGUGAUGCCUUCCCUAGUGAUGCUGUUGGGAGACGCAUUGUUUGUGAUGGAGAGUAUGCAACUGUGCGUUAUGUUGGGAACGUGCCACCUACACCAGGUCUUUGGCUUGGAGUAGAAUGGGACAAUCCUCUCAGAGGAAAACACAAUGGAACGCAUGAUGGAACAAAAUAUUUUACAUGCAGUCACCCCAAAGGAGGUUCUUUUAUUCGACCAAAAAAGGCAAAUUUCGGUGUGGAUUUUUUAACGGCUGUGAGAAAGCGAUAUGAAUUGAAAAAUGAGCAGACUGAAGAGCUGGUCUUUGGGAACAAGACUGUAGAACUUGUAGGAUUUGAAUAUGUUCAUGAAGAGCAAAGUCAGCUGAACAAAUUGCAUGACAUUUCCCUUAGAGAGUGUGCUGUUAGCCAUGGUGGUGAUAAAGAUGACAUCUAUUGCUCAUGUCCUAAUAUUACUACUUUAAAUCUGUCCAAAAAUCUUCUGUCCUCAUGGGGAGACCUCGCAGACAUUGCAAAGCAGCUUGAAAAACUUGAAAAACUUGACAUCAGUGAAAACAGAAUCAGUCUUCCACCUAACCCAUCCUCGUUGUCAAGUGCAUUUCUUAGUUUGAGGGUACUCUCACUGAAUCGAACCAAAAUAUCAUGGAGUGAGGUUUUAAGAAGUGCUCCCAUGUGGCCUGUACUUAAUGAACUACACCUGGCUUCAAAUGAUAUCACAACUUUGGAAAGGCCUUUUGAGCAUCUUCAGUCCCUGACGGUACUUGACAUUUCUAACAACAACAUUGUUGAUGGGAACCAGCUUCACGCAGUAGCAUAUUUACCAAGGUUGAACCAGCUAAUAAUUUCCAAUAACAAGAUUUCUGAAAUUACCUUCCCAGAUGUUCAGUUUGGGGGCACUACUGCCAUGUUUUCUGCAUUAACGGGUUUGUCAAUUGAUGGUAAUAACAUAUCAGAGUGGUCCACAGUAAAUGAGCUAAAUAAACUGAAAACUCUACAGUCUCUGAACUGCUACAGUAAUCCAUUAAUGGAGUCCGAGAAGAAUCCAGAGACUGUGCGACAGCUAAUCAUUGCGAAGCUUGCCAACUUAAAAGUGUUAAACAGGACAGAGAUUCUGAAUAAUGAAAGAAGGGGAGCUGAACUAGAUUACAGAAAAAUGUUUGGCAAUGAUUGGAUAAAAGCUGGUGGGAAUCAAAAUUCGGAAUUGAGCAACCCAAGCAAAGAGUUUCUUAUGGCUCACCCCAGAUACGUCUCUCUUAUAGAAAGAUAUGGGGCUCCUGAAAGCGGGGAACUUAAGCAACAACAACCAUUCGCCUUGAAAAAUCAAUUAUUAACGUUGACAAUCAAAUGUCCUGAUAAACCAGAUCAGAAACCAAUUCAGAAGAAACUUCCUGAUUCUAUGACUGUUCAGAAGGUUAAAGGACUUUUGUAUCGUCUGCUUAAAGUACCAGGCUCUGAACUGAAGUUGUCAUAUGAAAGUUCAAAAAUGAAAGGCAGAGAGAUUGAACUAGAAAAUGAUUUAAAACCCCUGCAGUUCUACUCUAUAGAAAAUGGAGACUGUGUGCUGGUGAGGUGGUAAUACAACAGCAACAAGGAAUCUGCUAUGGACUCACAAUGCACCCUUGGUAUUUGCAUAGUUGUAAUUCUUUGAACAUGUAGAAUGAUCUGCCAGUUUUUACAAAAAUGGUCUGAUGCCGGAACAUGUAUACACCUCUAUUUGUUACAUUUUAUUUACCCAGAAAUAAUUAUAAAUCAUAAUUACCCUCUGUGUUUAAUCAAA